UGUUUUGAUUCAAUCAACACACCCAUCGUCCUUAUGGUUGGGUAUAAAAGGAAGUUGCGAAGAAUUUUAAGGUUUUUAUUUUGUUUUAAGAUCUUUUCUGAUCAACGUCUCGUUCCAUGGUGCUAAACAUGUCUACUGUCUUUUCACCUCUUACACCACCGCAUAUUUAUCCUAAAUUAAAUGAAGAAAAGAUAUUUUAAAAGGAUGAACCAAUUAAAUCAACAAGUAAUAGUCAUCAGUUGGGACGUAUGGAUUUUGAUGCUGUAGAAACUCUUCUAUCAAUUGGUCAGCAACCAAAUCAGUUUGAUCUUGAAUGUAGAAACAACUGCCACAAAUCUGUAACUGUGAUAACUCCACCACAUUCAGAAGAUGAGCUAGAAGAAUCCUUGCAGAAUUGCGAAAAGAAUUCAGAAUUGGCAAGGUUGCUUUUAACAAACACUCCUCCACCAACUCCAAAUCCUCCAACUGCCAUGCCAGUAUCGGUAAUAGUUCGUGGACCUAAAGCAGCCAAUGUGCCAAGUUUUACAACUAGUAAUUUGAAAUCAGAUGUACUUAAAAUGACAAAUUCUAAUGAAAGAAAUCAGUUGUCCGAUGGUCCAAAAAACAAAAGUUUGCCUGUUUCAUCAGUUAAACAAUUCCAUCUUCCAACCCGUCAAUCAAGCAGAAUUUCAACCAUGAAUAUGCCCACUAUAACAACAACUGCCCAGACGGGAGUUUCAGUGUCAGUUAGCACACAGACAACACCUGUCAUGUCAAUAUUACAGAAUCCUGUGGGAGAAGUAAAUGCUUUAUCAAAUAGCAAACCUAUUGCUAUUGCUCCAAAAAUAUUUACUCCAGCCAUCAUUCCAGUCAUACCUUCAGUACCUUCAAAUGAUUCGCAGACAAUCAUUCUUGCUCAUAUUCCCACAUCUUCACCAACUCUAUUGUCUGGAAGUAAUUCAUCUGUAUUACAGUUUGUUGUUCCAACAUCUCUUCCUCAAAAUCAGGCAAUACCUGUAGGAAAAGAAACCACUGCAACCAAACAGCGCUUACUCGCUCCAGCACCUCUUGUAAUUACUGCUCCUAUUAAAUCAUGCAAUGCACCUCCAGAUAUCAGAAGAAGAGCUUAUCAAUGCAAUUAUCCUAACUGCUCAAAAACAUACUACAAAAGUUCACAUUUAAAAGCUCAUAUAAGAACUCAUACUGGUGAAAAGCCAUUCAUUUGUACAUGGGAUAACUGCAAUCGUAAGUUUUCGAGAUCAGACGAAUUAUCAAGGCAUAAAAGAACUCACACAGGUGAAAAGAAAUUUGUUUGUGCAAUAUGUGAGAGAAGAUUUAUGCGUAGUGAUCAUCUUGCAAAACAUUUUAAACGUCACUCCAGUACCAAACUUGGAGGAUGGCAAUCAAAUAAAAACAACGAAACAUAUUCAGUUGCCGAAGAAAUGUCAAACGUUGAUGCAUUACCAUCAACAGUUCAAGUGUUAUUUUCUUCAUCCAUUUGAGCAUUUUUAUCUGAGGACUAUAUUUAGUUAUGCAAAAGAAAUUUUUUGAGCAAGAACAUUUUUAUUACUGACUUAUAAAUUAAUCAUUGGUAAUGAAACCAUACAUGCCAACUCUUUUGGGUAUUUUUUUUAGUAACAAAUAUAUGAGAUAUUCAUCACUCUAAUUAAUAUAUUGAUCUAAAAACUACUUUUAAUGUAAAAUGGUUUAUUCAAAAGUUGGAUUGUUGAAAUGUUUGUAUUCAAAUAUUUAUUUCAUUAUGUUCAUUUGUAUAUAGAAAAUCAGUUUACAUAAAAUUAAUGAAAAAAGCAUAUUCAAUUUAGUUG